UAAAAAAAAAAAAAAGAGAAUAAAAACAUUAAAAGGACGUUGAAACACUAGAUUCAUAUUCAUACCCAUCAAUCAAUGCAUCCCUUAUUCCAUAAAACAAAGAGUAAAAAGAGAGAGAGAGAGAGGGCAUGUCACGGAGAUCAGGGACUUGCCUGAGGUUAUGUCUAGUAAUAUUUGCAGUAGUUUCAGCAUUGGGAGUAUGUGGAACUGUUCUUUAUUGGAGAUUCAAGAAAACUCUCAGAUUGGGUGAUCCCAAAUCCUCAUGUCCUCCUUGCAUCUGUGAUUGUGCUCCUCCUCUUUCCCUUCUCAAGAUUGCCCCUGGGCUGGCCAAUCUCUCAGUCACAGAUUGUGGAAGCAAUGACCCUGAUCUCAAGCAAGAGAUGGAGAAGCAAUUUGUGGACCUUCUGACUGAGGAGUUGAAGUUGCAGGAGGCUGUUGCUGAAGAGCAUGCUCGCCGUAUGAACAUCACCUUUGGUGAAGCGAAAAGGGUGGCUUCCCAGUACCAAAGGGAGGCAGAAAAGUGUAUAGCAGCCACAGAAACCUGUGAGGAGGCCAGAGAGCGGGCUGAGGCCUUGCUGAUCAAGGAGAGAAAAGUUACAACAAUAUGGGAACAAAGAGCUCGACAAAUGGGUUGGGAAGGGGAAUAACUCUUUGUACAAUUCACUUGAAUAUCCUGGUCUAGAAUUUGAAUCCUUCCACCUUGAUAUAAUUCAAGUAGGCAAGCAAAGUUGCUUGAGUAGUCUUGUUUGGGCGAAAGGCCUUUCAAUCUCCCCCCUCCCUUUCCUCCAUUUGUAGCUGCCUUAAUAACUUAAAUGAUACAAGUAUCUGAAGAAUUUUCACCUGUAACUGUCAUACUGCUGUGUGGACCUCUUACUAUAAUAUCAUCUCAAUUUCUUGGCUUGAAGCAAUGUUACAAAAACAAGAUUUUUUUCUCUUAUUUUUGCAUUAAACUUUAGUAGUUGUAAUAUCUUUUUGUUUUCUGCCUUGAAUGAGUAAAGGGCUAUAAAUUUUGUAUCUAAUAGUAUGUAAAAAUGUCGUUCAUAUAA